CAACCACCUCGGUAGCUUGCUAGCCAACAUAGCCGAAAGAUUCAAGCUAUUUAGACGAUUUUGGUGUAUAUUACCUACUGUGUUUUAGACACACUUAUAUCGUGUCUAAUUGUUUACCUAUUUAAUAUUACGUUAUUUUGUAUUAGUCAGCUAUAGUAGCUGGCUGGUUAAGUUAGCACUAGCUUAGUCGCUAAUGAUAGAUAGCUAACAUCCCCGAACAUGAGCUCCCUAAACAUCUCCCCUCCUGUUAAAGAAGAGGAGGUCUGCUGGACGGAGAAAGAAGCUCUGGGUCUGAACAUUGUCGUGAAAGAUGAGAAGGAAGAGGAGGAUCUCACAGUAAAACAACAAGUAGAGGGCGAGGCUGUUACAGUGAAAGAAGAGAGAGACAUUUCAGUUAAAGAAGAGGAAGCCGCGUUCAGAGUGAAAGAGGAGGAUGUUACAGUAAAUGAAGAGAAAGAGGAGGAUGCAGUUUUAAGAGUGAAAGAGAAGGGGGAGAUGACUGUCACAAUAGAAGAAGUGGAGAAAGGAGAUCUGAUUAACACCAGAGAGAGACCAGACUCUCCCUCUGACAGCGGGAAGAGUCCUUCAGGGGAAUCAGACCCAGAGAAGAGUCCUUCAGGGGAAUCAGACCCAGAGAAGAGUCCUUCAGGGGAAUCAGACCCAGAGAAGAGUCCUUCAGGGGAAUCAGACCCAGAGAAGAGUCCUUCAGGGGAACCAGACCCAGAGAAGAGUCCUUCAGGGGAACCAGACCCAGAGAAGAGUCCUUCAGGGGAACCAGACCCAGGGAAUAGUCCUUCAUGGGUAUCAGACCCAGAGACGCCCAAAGCAAUAGGAGGACAUCACUGCUCCCACUGUGGAAAAAGUUUUAACAAGUUAGGGAGCCUGAAGAAACAUGAGGACACACACAGGAAAAAAUACUUUCCAAUGUUCCCAGUGUGGAAAAGGUUUUCUUUGGUUAUAUCACCUGCAUAGGCAUGAGAGGACACACACAGGAGAAAAACCCUUCCAAUGCUCCCAGUGUGGAAAGAGUUUUAACGACUUAGGGUACCUAUUAAUACAUAAGAGAAUACACUCUGGAGAGAAGUCUUAACACUGCUCCAAAUGUGGAAUGACUUUUACCUGGUUAGGGAGCUUGAAAACGCAUGAGAGAAUACACACUGGAGAAAAUCCUUUUCAAUGUUCCCACUGUGGAAAUAAUUUUACCCAGUUAGAGAACCUAAAUCAACACAAGAGGACACACACAUGGGAGAAGCCUUACCAAUGCUCUGUGUGAAAAGAGUUUUAGGGGUAUAGUGAGCCUGAAACAGAAUAAGAGAAUACUCACAGGAGAGAAGCCUUAUCACUGUUCCCAGUGUGAAAGGAGUUUUAGAUGGUUAGGGACCUUGAAAAUGCAUGAGGACACACAGGAGAAAAGCCUUAACAAUGCACCAUGUGUGGAAAGAGAUUUACCCAGUUAAAGUCCAUGAAAUUACAUGGAAGAAUACAUACAGGAGAUAAGCCUUACCACUGCUCCCACUGUGGAAUGACUUUUACCUGGUUAGUAAACAUGAAAUCUCAUGAGAGAAUACACAGGAGAGAAGCCUUAUCAAUGUUCCCAGUGUAAAAAUAAUUUUAGGGGUUUAGUGAACCUGAAACAGCAUGAGAGGACACUCCCACAAGAAAAUCCCUACCAAUGCUCCCUGUGUGGAAAGAGUUUUACCAAGUUAGGAGGUCUGACAAGGCAUGAGAGGACACACACAGGAGGGGAUAAGACGUACCACUGCUCCCUGUGUGGCAAGAGAUUUAACAGGUUAAGGAAUCUGAAUAAGCAUGAAAGAAUACAUACACAGGAGGAGAAGACAUACCACUGCUCUCAUUGUGGAAAUACAUUUUCCCAGUCAGAGGACCUGGAAUCGCACAAGAGAAUAGAGUGGCUGUGUUCUGAUUUAUGUUUUUGACUUAGAAUGUGUUUUUGUUUAUCCCACUUUAAAUCAUAUUGUUUAUAUGAAUUCUUAUUCAACAAUAGAUGUGAUUUUGUAUUUCGAGACGUAUUUUUAUUUAUUUCACCUUUAUUUAACCAGGUAGGCAAGUUGAGAACAAGUUCUCAUUUACAAUUGCGACCUGGCCAAGAUAAAGCAAAGCAGUUCGACAGAUACAACGACACAGAGU